GUCUUUACCGCAUGAUUCAAUAUGCUUGGAUAAUUAGCAUAAUCGACUUUCGCUUAAUUAAUAUGCACGUAUAUAAAAUUAAAAAGUAAGAUUGUAGGAGUUUACAAUUAUAUUUUACUUUUUCUGUGUUGGAGUUGCUCCCUAUCAAUGCUAUCAACAUGUCGGGACUAGCCAAUAUAUGCUUUAUACUUUCUUUAGUGCAAUUUUCGAUAAGUGCACCAGUAGAUACAGUUCAACAAAAGGGCUCUCUAGUGCAGAAAUAUGGCAAUAAAGGAUCAUCAGUGGCUAGUUACGGAGUUAUAUCAGGAGUAGACGACAAUUCAGGAGGCGGUUCCGGUACAGGAUGUACAGUUGAUUGUGGCUCCGCAGUAUCAGAUUCUACAGCAGUUGCUAAUUCAUUAUCAGCCACUGGUGAAUCACAUGCAAGUUCUGCAAGUGCUACGGCAGUUGCUGCGUCUUCUGCUACUGGUAAUCCAAGUUCUAGUUCUGCAAGUGCAGGAGCAGUUGCUGCAUCUUCUGCUUCAGGUAACUCACGGUCAAGUUCAUCAAGUGGUUCAUCAGCUGCUGCGUCUUCUGCUGCUGGUAGCGCAGGGUCAAAAUCAUCAAGUGGUUCAGCAGCUGCCGCUGGUAGAUCAGGAUCAAGGUCAUCAAGUGGUUCCGCAGCUGCUGCUAGUAGCUCAGGAUCAAGGUCAUCAAGUGGUUCCGCAGCUGCUGGGUCUUCUGCUGCUGGUAGCUCAGGAUCAAGGUCAUCAAAUGAUGCAGCAGGUGAGUCCUCUGCUGUUGGAAGUUCAAGUUCAAGUUCAACCUCCUCAGAUGAUUCAUCGAGUUUUGGAAGUUCAGGCUCAAGCACUUCUGGUGCUUCAUCUGAUUCUGCAAGUUCAGGUUCCAGCAACUCGGGUGCAUCAUCAGUUGCUGCAGCCGUUGGAGCUCAGACAGUACCAGUAGCUGUUAUGUUGACUGGUGCCACAUCAUCAGCCGCUUCUCAAUCAUCUGUGGCAUCUAGUACAUCUGGAUGUUCAUCAAGCCAAUGCUCUGGUGGUAAUGCAGUAUCAACUGGAAGCCAAACAGUAGUUGACGUAGCUCCACAAUCAACUAAUGCUGGCUCGUUUCAAACGGUAGCAGUGAUUUCAAGCAAUAGUGACAGUAGUGACAGCGGCAGCGACGGUAGAGAUGAUAGUAACAGCAGUGACGACUCUAGCAAUGGUGGUGAUGAUAGCGAUAGUAGUGAUGACAGUAACAAAAGUAAUGGAAGCAUUUCUAGCAAUGGUAGCGACGACAGUAAUAGUAGUGACGACAGCAAAAGUAGCGACGACAGCUCUAGCAGUGACAGCAGUAGCAGUGAUAGUAAUAGUAGUGACAGCAGUAAUAGUAGCGACGACAGCGACAGUAGUGACAGCAAUAGCAGUGACAGCAGCAGUAGUAGCAACUCGUCCGACGACAGCAGUGAUGAUAACGGAAAUGGAAGCUCAUCAAGUAACUCUGGGUCAUCUUCCGUAUCAUCACCUGGAUCUGAACCAAGCUCAUGUCAAGGAAAAGAAAAUUGUCAUAGCAAGGGCAGUAAAAGCAACAAGAGUGAUGGUAGUAGCAGCGAUAGUAAUGGUAGCGAUGACAGUAAUAGUGACAGCAGUGAUAGCAGUAACAGUGACGACAGCGAUAGUAGUGAUAGCAGCAGUGGAAGCAGCUCUAGCAGUGGUAGCGACGACAGUGACAGCAGUGACGCCAGCAAUAGCAGUGAUGAAGAUGACAGCAGCGAUGAUAAGAGAAACACAGCAAGUAACUCUGGAUCAUCUUCUGUAGCAUCAUCUGCAGUCGAACCAAGUCAUUGUCAAGGAAAGGGCAACUGCCAUAGCAAGAGUAAACAAAGCCAGAAGAGUGGUGGUAGUAGCAGCGAUAGUAAUGGUAGCGAUGACAGUAAUAGCAGUGACGAUAGCGAUAGCAGUGACAACAGUAGCAGUGGUAGCGACGACAGCGACAGUAGUGACAGCAGUAACAGUGACAGCAGCGAUAGUAACUCCAGCAAUAGUAGUGAUGACGAUUCUUCCAACAACAAUGAUAAUAACGGAAAAUCAUCAAGUAAUCCUGAAUCAUCUCCUGUAAACGUUGUAUCACCAGAAGUGUUACCUGUUGAUGUGGCACCACAUGAUUCAUCUCAUGUUGUUAAAUCAUCACCUGUAGCUGAAGUAACACAUGACAUUUUAGUUGGGUUUGAAGCAGCACCUGAAUCAUCACAUGUAGUAGAAGCAUCACCUGAAAUGUCACCUGUUGUUGAAUCAUCACCGAAACUGUCACCUGUAAUUGAAGCAUCGCCAGAAUCAUCUGUUGUUGUGGUAUCAUCGCAGGCCGAGGCAACAUCAUCAGGAACUCAAGGAAAGAGCAAUAGUGAUAGUAGCAGCGACGACAGCAAUAGUGGCAGUAGUAGCAGGGAUAACAGCGAUAGUAGUGAUAGCAGUAGUGACAGCAGCUCCAGCAGCGAUAGCAGUGACGACAGUAGCAGUGAUGACAGCUCUAGCAGUGACAACAGUAGCAGUGAUGACAGCUCUAGCAGUGGUAGCGACGACAGCUCUAGCAGUGGUAGCGACGACAGCUCUAGCAGUGACAACAGCGAUGGUAGUGAUAGCAGUAGUGGAAGCAGCUCUAGCAGUGGUAGUGACGACAGCAAUAGUAGUGACGACUCUUCCAACAGCAGUGAUGACGAUGACAGCAGCGAUGAUAACGGAAGUGGCAACUCAGCAAGUAACUCUGGAUCAACUUCUUUUGCAUCACCUUGGGCCGAAUCAAGCCCAUGUGAAAAAGCUAAAGGCAAUUGUAAUAGUAAGGGAACCAGUGGUCCUAUUAGCGGCAACGGUGGUGGUAGCGGCAAAAGUAAUGGUAACGGCAACAGUAAUGGUAGCGACGACAGUAAUAGCAGUGACAUUAGCGAUAGCAGUGAUAGCAGUAAUGGACGCAGCUCUAGCAGUAGUAGCGACGACAGCUCUAGCAGUAGUAGCGACGACAGCUCUAGCAGUGACAGCAGUAGCAGUGAUGACAGCAAUAGUAGUGAUAACAGUAGUGGAAGCAGCUCUAGCAGUGGUAGCGACGACAGCGACAAUAGUGACGACUCUUCCAACAGCAGUAAUGACGAUGACAGCAGUGAUGAUAACGGCAAUGGUAGCUCAUCAAGUAAACCUGGAUCAUCUUCCGGAACAUCACAUAAGGCCGGACCUAGCUUAUGUGGAGGACAUGGAAAAUCUGGUUGUAAUAGUGAGAGUGGCAGUAAAAGUACUCGUAGUGGCAGCAGCAGUAAUGGUGGCAACGACAAUAAUAGCAGUGAUGACAGGGAUAGUAGUGACAGCGACAGUAGUGAUAGCGAUAACAGAAAUAGUAGCGACGACAGCAACGGUAGUGACGACAGUAAUGGAAGGGACGACAAUAACGGUAGUGACAGCAGCAAUGGUAAUAGUGAUGGCAAUGGUGAUAGCGAUAGUAAUGGCGACGACGAUAGAAAUGGCGACAACGAUAGUGAUGGCAGUAACGGAAGUGAUGGUAGCGAUGACACAAAGAACAGUGGCAGUAAUAAAAGUUCUAAUAGAAACAGUAACAGAAAAUCAAAGUCAUCAAGGAAACAUAAAGUGUCUCCUAUGGUAGCAGCUGGACCUGUAGCUGUAUCAGCGCCGGCAUCUACCGCAUCACCUGCAGCACCUGCAGCGGAAGUAGCAUCAGCAGCCGGAAAAGCAGAAGCAGCCCCUCAAGUAUCGGGUUCAGAAGGUUAUUUCGUGUCGGAAUCUAAAUCAUCCAAUGGCGACCAAAAUGAAAAUCUAUAUGUUAUAGAAAUAGUGCCAAAGCCUACGGAAGAGUCAUCGGAUUAGUAGUUUGAAAAUUAUUUAUAAACUGUUUAUCAUCAUAAAUGGAAGAUUGACGUUCAGAUACACGUGACCUGAUACGUUAAUUUUAUCUCAAGCUUCUCACACUUGUACAUUUUAGUAUGUUGAAGACAAUUAUAAACAAUCAGAAGAGACUAGUCAUGUUCAUUUGCUUUUUGUUUCGUUAUAUUGUUUUCUUUUAUACUAGUAAGUGACCAGGAGCAAACUGGUUUAUAAAUGACUGAUAAGUUAUCAAUAUAUAUAUAUAUGAAUUGUUUAAAGUACUUUGUAUAUCUUUAUAUACUGUGUAUAUGAAUUUUUGUUGAAUCUACAUAAAUUCACAUCAAUAAUGAAAAUCCCACCUUUAAAAAAUCAACGAAAUAAUGCAUAUAAAUAGUUAAGACCGGGUUCUAGAAAUAAAUUCUUGGUUCAAUUUAACGAAAGUAAGUUACAAAUUAUACAGGCUGAAAAAAAUACCUCAGCCAAGACAUAGGAAAACCUAGUUAGGAUGGGUUAAGUUUUUGUGAAGUAAUGCAUGCUUCGUCAGAUGGUAUACUGUUUAGGAUGUUAGUGAUCUAAACGGGUGUUGGAGAAACCGAAAUGACAUUAUAAUUCCCUAUUUUUUGAAAUUAAAUAGAACCUAAUUAUCUCUUAUAUACACACAAAUAAAAUUAAACCAUAUUACAUUUGUUUGUCACAUUUUCUCAGAUUGACUUUUGUAUAACUUUUGAUGCUGUAAUGUACACAUACUUUUAUAUAAUCAUCAGUGGGUCGAUGAUUAUCUGUCAGUUGUUGUCAGUUUUUUGUCAUUUAGGUUUACUCGUUAUUGUAUAUUGACAUUGAAUAAAACAAUCCAACAGAUA